AUGAACAGUGAAUUCUGGAACGAGCAGGCCGGCGACGACGAAAUGGCAUUUUUGACGUUUCCAGAAAACCCGCCGUCGUCGCGUCCUGCGCCACUACAGCCGACUGCGUCCCAGGCCCAAAGGCCGGGCGAGGCGUUCAACCCUAACGACGAGACGAUGUCUGGGGGCACCAUGUCUUCCUUUUCACCGCAGGUGUUUGAGAACAAUUCAGGCGCUCAAUUGGAGCAGCAGCGUGUGGUUCCAUCUCAACCACCGACGCAGAGCCCGUUUGAAGCGUCUGUGCCGGCACCAACGCCGCCUGCUCAGCAGUAUCAACAACCCCGUCCCGUGCCUUCCCACAGUAACAGUCCGAACGCCAACACUCCGCAGCAGCGCCAGAUGCAGAUUCAGAUGCAGCAGCAGCACAAUUUUAUGUGUCUCCUGGAAGAGUUUAUGAAUCGCAACAAUACUCCCCUGGCGGAGAGGUAUCCUGUGAUUGGGGGCAAGAAAAUGAACCUGUUUCUAAUUUACGCCGUGAUGGUGAAGUUUGGCGGGUUCAACAACGUGCUCAGGUCCAAGAAGAUUGUGCCUGUGGCCAGCAAGUUUGGAAUUCCGCCCGACAACAACCAGCUGCUGCGCGAGUUUGUCCAGAUGUACCACAAAUGUCUGCUUCCGUUCGAGCUGUAUGCCAACACGCCGGAGGGGAUGAAGGAGCUAUCGAUGCGAAAAAAACAGCUUGAGCAGCAGAUGCAGUCCAAGCAAGCCACGCCCACCAGUACCAGUCACCAAACGCCGCCUGUUUUCAAUGCUCCGACGCCCGCAUCGGUCCAGGAGACAAAAUUCACUCCAGGGGAACAGCGUGCGAGCGAGCCGUCGCCUGCUACUGCAGAGUCGCGCCACACAACGCCGCAGCCGAACGCGAACUUUGUUCCCGACUUUAUUCGCAAUUACGUGCCGCACCAACGACUGCUCGACAAGGUGGGGGGUCACGAUUUGAAGGCGUUGUCUGCCUUUGGCGAGCAGAUUGACCAUUUGAAGCCUGUGUUUCUGUUUGUGCCAGAACUUGGCAAGAUUGACCUGAACGCGCUCUCGUUGUCGCUGACGUCCAAUAUCGACGCGGAGGUGAAUCUUGCGCUGAACGUUCUGCUUAUCGUUACGUCGGACCCAAACCUCGUCGUGCCGCUCGGCGAGUGCAUGAGCCUGCUUGAGGCGCUUGCCAGCGUCGGCACUGACAUCCUGGACAUGCUAGUCUCAGGCAAUUUGACCAAACGCAAAGGUGGGUUCGAAGACGUGCGCCCGGAAUAUUUCAAGCCAAACAAGAUAGACGAGGUUUUCCAAAAGUAUAGCGGCCGACUGAAGGGAGAUAAGGACAUUGAGGUGUUGGUUGACUCGUUCACGUCGAAGGAGGUGGACGACGAGAGCCAGGAUCUGGAGGUCGAGGAGUCCGACGCAGAUGUUGUGUUUGAGGAGCCGCCGCGCGUCGACACGCCGGCGUCGGACGUGGACGAGAGACCGUUGGCACCGUUUGCUCUGCCGUCGUACGUGGAGCUGCUUGAAGCUGCACGCACAGAGGCGGACGACUUUUCGGGCCGCGUUUAUGCCAAAACGUUCCUAGACCGGCGACUGAUGUUGGUCGAGGAGCUCAACACAGUGUCGAUGAUUUUGCGCAACUUGUCGUUUGUGAGCAAUCCUCAGGGCGUCUCAAACAAUAACCUCAUGGCGGCUAACACGUCGCUGCUGAACUUUAUCUACGCACUCAUAACAUCGCUGGGCACGUCCGAAGGGUUUGUGUUUGCACGGAAAAAAAUGCAUCUGAUGAAAGACACACUGAUGACCUUGACCAACAUUUCGCACGCAAUCGAGCUGCGCUCGACAAAGGAGGCUUUCCUGGUUCUUGCGCUGUGUCUCGCGUUUGGCGUUCCACUGGACCCGGAGGACGAAAAAGCCGGGUUCUACGUGCCCAAGUUCGAUGCCGGCAAGGGCAAGUACCAGCUGCACGCGAUCGACGUGCUCACCAAGGUGCUGUGCGGGUCGCUGAACAACAAAAAGAUGAUGUCGUCCGUGCUAGCGCGCGAGAACCUGGACCCGGAGAUGAACUCGCUGAUGCAGACGUACGACCAGGGCAAGAACGGUGACCUGGUGGUGCGGACGAUGGGUUUCUUCGUUUCUGCGCUGCCGCUGCACGUGAUUUAUGAGGGCAUCGAGCGGUUCAACGACAAGCUGCCAUCAUGUCUGGAGCUGCUGCUGGGCAGUAUCUUUGUGGCGGAGGUGAUUGAGGACGCGCAGUUCUCGCGCAACGUGGCUCUGCGGCUGCUCGGCUCGCCCGAGCUCGUGGGGACUAACCUGUUCAAGCUUGCGUUCAUCUUUGCGGCCAUCUACGCCAAGACCAACCACGAGAACAAACUGAUGUACAUCCACAUUUCGGGCAAGAGCAUGGAGCUGGUGAAUGUGCUACUGCGCACAGCGGUGGGGUAUGCCAUCUCGGCGGGGGCCAGAGACGAGCUGCAGACACUGUUUUCGGUGUCGAAGCUGUUUCCGGCGGACGAGUCCAUUCUCGGCGCGCUCAUGACGCCGUCGUUACCGCCUGAUAUCUCAGUGCAGGCGGUGGAGUCGGCAAAGCUACUGGUGCGAUUACAGGAUGCUCUAAGUAACUAA